CGAUUCCAAUUCCAAUUGUCCAAUAUUCCCCUCUCGCCUCCGCCGUACCUAAGCUCGCUGCCGACCCACGCGACCAACUGCCAUGUCAAGGCCCAUGCGCCAUCCUUUCUCCAGAUCGCCCUCUCUCCUCGUCGUCGUCUGAAAUUCCCCGCAGGAAUGCUCUCAACUGAUGAUCCAAGGACCCAAGUUGCCGACCAGAACUGCGAACUCUCCCUGCUCCUCGCUCGUCCCCUCUGCGGAGGUAGACGGGCGCGGCAAUCAUGUCCCUCUACUCGUCGCCGCCGCCCGCCCGAUCCUCCCACCAGGAUAAGGCGACCUUGCUGGUCUGUUGGUGGUGCACAUGUUUCGCGGCCGUGAUUAUUAUAUUUCGAGUCUGCGGCAGAUACAUCCGGUCGGAGAAGUUAUUUAAGGAGGACUGGUUGGCUUUUGCCAGCAUGAUUCCGCUUCUCUGUCGCAUGGCCUUUGUACACGUCGUGCUGCUAUAUGGCACGAACAAUGCCAUCACCACGGGUCUUUCCGCCGAAGAUAUAUAUCGCCGGUCCAUUGGUAGUAGGUUGGUGCUGGCAUCAAGGAUCUUUUACGCUGCGACGCUCUGGAUGCUCAAGCUCGCGAUCAGCGAAUUCUUCAAACGUCUUACUCUCACCAUUUGGCGGCGAUCCUACGAAAUCACGCUCCAAUGCAUACGAUGGUUUCUCCUGGUCACGUUUGUUGCGGUCGUCAUCGCAGAUCUGGCUGAGUGCCAACCCAUAGAUCACUACUGGCAGGUCGUUCCGGAUCCGGGAGCAAAGUGUCGACAAGGUUACGCACAACUCAUCACCAUGGGUACAGCAGACGUGGUGACAGAUAUCCUUCUCGUGGUCUUCCCCAUCCCCAUCAUUAUCCGAUCAAGGAUGAAGUUCAAGAGAAAGUUGCAGCUUGUCGCUCUUUUCGCCGGGUCUCUUCUUCCCGCUGGAACGACCCUUUAUCGGAUACCAAAUAUACUCGAUCGACAGGGCAGUCAGCAGUACCGCUCGCUUUUGGCGUCGGUGGAGAUCUUGUUUGCUACGGUGGUUGCCAAUGCCCUGAUCUUAGGAUCCUUUGUUCGCGACAGGGGGGUAAAGAAACAGAGAUGGAAAUUUGGGUCAUUUACCGAUAGCGUGGAGCGAACUACAAGCCGAAGGGGGACAGCAAUGAGACACUGGGGCAGUGAUGAAGACCUCGUACGUGAUUUAGGCCUUGGUGUGAACCCGGAGCUACGAGGAUCUACUUGGAACGUCCCGCGACCGGCUCCGAUGGCCGUGGCUGGAAACAUAUCCGUGGAUGGGGGCAACACGGGGAUGAGGAGGGAUUGGGAAUUUACGGCGGGAAGGGGCGAUUCCAGCGAGGAGAUAGAGAGCCCCGAACGAGGUCACAGCUUAGGAGAUUUCAACUCCGCCAUCUCUCCUCGGAGGGUCUCCUUUUUCGACGUGGGUGGAUUACUGGAUGGGGACCGGCCACGACCAGAGAGUUCGACGAGGACAACCGAAACAGACGGCGAAAGCCAACGGCCCCUGUAUUCGCGCUGGUCCCAUGAAUACGGCCUUUCUCCGCCGCCAGCUCGACGCGGUUCUUCGGCGUUGCUCCAGGACCUUGGUGGUCUGCUCGGUUCCCGGUCUAGAGAUCAAGCACAGCGAAGCUACGAACUGCAGACUAUCCUCCAAGAGCACCCCUCCCAUGACCCGCCACCCUCAAACGGCCUGUCGCGUCAACAAUCGACGCCUUCUUUACAAGAUGUCGGGGGGCUUCUGAAAUGACCCGCUCGCUCUUCCAUCCCCAUGUAAUAACUACCACCUUGUUUGUAUAACUGUCUAUUAGCGGAGAUCAUGAGAUACGAAAAG